GAGUUUAGUACUUUCCAAACUCCAAAACAAGAUUUAGAGCCUAUUUUUUUCUUUUUUCUUUUUCCAGAAAUGGAGGACUUUAAACUUGAUUCAAUGCUUCCAAUGGGACUUUAACAUCCCCAUUUUCUUCUUCAUCUUGAUCCCUCAUAUCACCACCACCAAUUUCUUCCAACUCUGAAACCAGACCACUCUGCAGCUCUCAAUUUCUCACAUUGCUUAAACAAAUGGGUUGGUUCGGGGACACCGUGGACUCCAUAAAGUCCAUUCAGAUCAGGCAAGCUCUCACCCAAGCCAUCAAUUUCGGCUUGAUUGUCACUUCGGCGCUGAUAAUAUGGAAAGGGCUGAUGUUGGUGACUGGGAGUGAAUCACCUGUGGUGGUUGUGCUCUCUGAAAGCAUGGAACCUGGGUUUGCUAGGGGUGACAUUUUGUUCCUGCAUAUGAACAAGGAUCCUAUUCGUGCAGGAGAAAUUGUGGUGUUUAACGUGGAUGGACGUCCAAUUCCAAUUGUUCAUCGAGUAAUUAAGGUUCAUGAGCGGAGAGACACUGGAGAAGAUUAUGUCCUCACAAAAGGGGACAAUAAUCCUGAUGAUGAUAGAAUCCUUUAUGCUCCAGGCCAGCGUUGGUUGCAAAGACACCAUAUCAUGGGGAAAGCUGCCGGGUUUUUGCCUUAUGUUGGCUGGGUGACAAUUAUCAUGACAGAAAAGCCUAUAAUCAAGUACAUUAUCAUAGGAGCGCUGGGAUUGUUGGUCAUUACCUCGAAGGAUUAGAAAUACAAUUUUAGAGGCAUGGCAAGGUACAAACAUCUUUUUCUUAAGCAAGGAGUGAGAGAGAAUCAGAGUGAAAGAUGACUGUACUCCUAUUGGUUUUGACCAAGGGAUUAGAGAUUACAUCUCCUCCCUGCUUGUAUUUUCAAAUACUCGGUUGGCAUGUAGAUAUACUUGUAUUUCACGUUACAUGCACUUCAUAUUAACAAAGGAUAAUGGCAUUUCAAUUUG